GAUUAGCUGGUCUGGAUGAAUUAUACAUUUUGAAAUAAAGUAUUUGAUUAAUUCACAAUGUCAUACGCUAUUUCGAGUAAAACAAUACACUCUACAUUGAGAGGCAGCGAGUGCACACUGAUGAUGUCAGAUGACUUCGCUACAUUAUCAUUGUGAAAGAAACCUGCUCCAAGAAUAGCUGGUCUCAGACGGACUCCAGACGCUUAGCCUUCAUCAUGGAUCCUCCUCACAGAAACCAGCUGAGCAACACUUCCCUCCCGGGAGGGAACUCACCCGGUGUCUCUGGAAACAGACAAACUCCUCAAAAUGUUGACAGAGAAACACCUGAGAACGGGAAUCCGCAAGAAGCUGACAGACAGCCUCAGUACUUAAGUGGAUUCACCGUCAUUGCACCGAAUCAAUCUCGUCGAAGCAAGAUUAAAACCAUGGCCCAAAAAGAAGAGGAGGAUCUUCAGAGAUGGAAAGAGACCCACAGGGUCCCGUCUGUGCAUCUGAAUCCAGAGAGGCUCGGGGGUGAUGUGACGUUGGCUGAGGCCAGACAGAAGCAAUUCACAGAGUCACGUUGCUCCAAACUGCAGAAGAAGCUGAAAAAGGAAGAGAUGGACCGGAGGAGGAGGCAAGAAGAGGAAGAGGAGCUGCAGAAGAUGAAAACCAGACAGAGAGAGAAGGCCGAGCACCUGGAGCAGAGGAGGCAGCAGGAGGAGCAGAGGAGGAGGGAGCAGUUCAGGCAGGAUCACCUCAGGUCAACUGAGAAAUUUCUUCAGAGGUGUGAGAAGAUAGUUCCACUGGCGGCCAGCAGUGAGGCGCACAUGUCAAGAAAACAGUCAUGUUACAAGGGGUCAAGAAGUCCAGGGACUAUUGUAAAGGCUAUGGAAGCAGAAACAGAUGUGUGGUGGUAUCAUACCAGAGUCAAGCAGAUCAGUCUCAAGAGCGAGGACGUGGAGCGCCAUCAAAGAGAGCGGCCGAGAAGUGCCAGAGAAGUGCAGCUGGAGCAUGAAAGGGUGAACUCCGCCUUUUUGGACAAACUGGAGGGUCUUAGCAAACAAGCCCAAAAGGAAAGCGUUGUGGAGGCCGAGCGUGGGCAGGACUUUAGACAAUGUGCGACAGCAGGACACCUGAAGCCAGACCAAGACCAUAGCUGCUCUGGCUGGACAGAGGAAGCCGAGCCGGAGCCAGACUAUGACUGGGCCUUAAUGAAACUGAUGAACCAAUUUCCAGACUGCUGCCAGGACUUCCUAGAGGACAUCCUCGAGCAGUGCCAUGGUGAUCACGAGCAGGCCACCAUGCUACUCAUCAGCACACUAAGUUAAAUUUCAUGUGUUUCCUUUAUAUCGUUUUUGACACUUCAGAAGAAGAUUCCAGAGAAAACAUGUGUUUGGGUGUUAAGUAAAAAAAAGCAGCAGAAUUAAAUACCUACAGAGUUGCA